AUGGCCAGUUUGCGCCCAGCUUUUAGAGAAAAGGAAACGGAUUUGCAAGAUUCCGACGAUGAGGAGGAACCAAGAUCAAGACGUCACAAGAGACGCCAUGUACAGGAUAGCGAUACUCGACGACCACGAAAGAGACUUUCACGGCACUUGGAGGAGGACGACGAUCAUUCAACCUCCAGCAUUCGGUCCAACGAUCCACGUGCUUUGCGAUACAUCUAUUGCUGUCCCGUCUGCUAUGUGGAAUGUUAUCGUCGGCUGCUUCUCAACAUUCGGCCCAAGGAUCACGUAAAAGAUGAUGAUGGUCAUGACAGACAGCAGCGACCUACAUUUGAUAGUAGUGACGACGAUGAACAAGAGGAUCAUGAUAAGAGCGGUAGCGAUGAUAGUGACGACGACGACAACAACAACAAGAACAACAAUACGCAAAAGAAGAUCUCUACUGCUACUACUACUGCAGACCAAGAAGAGGAGGAUGUGUUGGAACUCGGCAAUUUUGAAUACGGUCCCAUUGAAGUUCUGGCCACGGUCGAUCCAACCUUUCAAAUUGCCGGCGCAUUUUGUUUUGGCAAACUAAAGCAUGUCAAACAACAUUUAUCGCAAGAUCACCGGAUUGAUACACACCAAGUCUACAAGAACAACGUCUUUCACAGUUUUCACCUGAGUCAAUCUGACGGGCUGGUACAACGAUUCCAAAAGAAAGCCUUGGAUAUGAAAGGACUGGGAUACAUGAAGGAUUACUUUGGUCAAGUGGAGGAUGAAUUGCAACUGCUCACGGCCGGUAGACGGCAGUGCCGGCGUUGGAAACGACGACAACAAGAUGAUGAUGACGAAUAUGGGGAACAAGUCGAAGCGUUCUGGAGUAGCUUUACAAUACGGGGGCAUCGCAUUUGGAAGGAUCUCCAGCAAGCCUAUGGAAAAGACCAAGACCGCGCGACACUACUAGGCAGCGGCUUUGAUGAUGACGAUGGACAAGUCGACGAUGAGGAAGAAGUUGGAGGACGGGCCAUCAAUCACGACCUGAUUCGUCGUCGGCAGGAAUUCAACGCGGAAGAAGAACGAGCCGCAGACAGGAAUUAUAUUGCAAAACUCGAGCAGAGACAUGGGAUUGCUCACUCCAAAGAUGAUGAUGAUGAUGAUGACAGCAGUGUCGAGCUGGUGGAUACAGAUUGUGAGGAAGUAGUGGAGGAACCAGGCAGCAAUAGCUCGUCGCCCGACCCCAACAACAACCAUGGAGGCGAUGAAGAAGAAGAUGACGACGAUUAUGCGCACAAGGAGGGACGACCAGAUCGAGCCGAACAAGACUAUGGAGACGAAUACUAUCACGAUCAUCAAAGCUCCGAAUACGAGUGCGACGAAACUGUACGUCUAUCUCAAGUCAGUCGAAGGAAAAGACGACGGGGUGCAAACGCUUUUGCGGAUGACGAUGAUUGA